UCACAGGUUUUACCGACGCAUCCGGUGUCCUCAGUGUAGCAGGAAUGGCAACCUACGCGUUACUGCGAAGCAGUCUGGGACUGUUAAAUGGUCUAAAAUGUUCUUUUAAAAGUGUAGGUCAGAUUCCGUACGGGGCAGCCGCUGGAGCAAUUACCCAGUCGAAAGUGUUGCAAAAUGCAAGAUGGUAUGCUGUCAGCCACCUCUCUGUGCAGGAGAGAAUUGAUAAGAAGCGAAAUGCAGCGCUUGCAGGGGGAGGACAACAGAGAAUAGAUGCACAGCAUAAAAGGGGUAAACUGACAGCGCGCGAGAGGGUGGAGCUCUUGCUGGACCCUGACUCGUUCGUGGAGUAUGACAUGUUUGUGGAGCAUCGCUGUUCUGACUUUGGCAUGGAGGCAGAUCAUAACAAGUAUCCAGGGGACAGCGUUGUGACUGGACAGGGCAGGAUCAAUAGCAGACUAGUCUAUGUUUUCAGCCAGGACUUCACAGUGUUUGGAGGCAGUUUAUCGGGAGCCCAUGCUCAAAAGAUCUGCAAGAUCAUGGACCAGGCAAUGAUGGUUGGAGCUCCAGUUAUAGGUCUCAAUGACUCUGGUGGAGCCCGAAUUCAGGAAGGUGUUGAGUCCCUGGCAGGAUAUGCUGAUAUUUUCUUGCGUAAUGUGAUGGCGUCAGGUGUAGUUCCUCAGAUCUCUCUCAUCAUGGGCCCAUGUGCAGGGGGUGCCGUGUACUCACCUGCUCUCACAGACUUUACUUUCAUGGUGAAGGACACAUCCUACCUCUUUAUCACGGGCCCAGAUGUGGUUAAAUCUGUUACUAAUGAAGAUGUUACCCAGGAGGAGCUCGGUGGAGCAAAAACCCACACUGCAGUAUCUGGUGUUGCUCAUCGGGCCUUUGAGAAUGACAUUGAUGCCCUUCUGAACUUACGAGACUUUUUCAACUUCCUCCCAUUGAGCAACAAAGAUCCAUCUCCUGUCGUUGAGUGCCAUGAUCCCAGCGAUCGCUUGGUUCCUGGUUUGGACACUGUUGUUCCUCUUGAAAGCACUAAAGCCUAUGACAUGCUGGACAUCAUUCAUGGUAUCGUAGAUGAGAGAGAAUUCUUUGAGAUCAUGCCCAACUAUGCCAAAAAUAUGGUUGUGGGUUUUGCCAGGAUGAAUGGCCGUACAGUAGGCAUAGUAGGAAAUCAGCCAAAAGUGGCAUCUGGCUGCUUGGACAUAAACUCAUCUGUUAAAGGGGCUCGCUUUGUGCGGUUCUGUGAUGCUUUCAACAUUCCCAUCAUCACAUUUGUAGAUGUGCCUGGAUUCUUGCCAGGCACAGCCCAAGAGUACGGAGGCAUCAUCAGACAUGGAGCCAAACUGCUUUUUGCUUUUGCAGAGGCGACCGUUCCAAAAAUCACAGUAAUCACUAGAAAGGCUUAUGGAGGUGCUUAUGAUGUGAUGAGUUCCAAACAUUUAAGAGGAGACGUCAACUAUGCUUGGCCAUCUGCUGAAGUCGCAGUGAUGGGUGCAAAGGGUGCCGUUCAAAUCAUCUUCAGAGGAAAGGAGAACCAAGCUGAGGCUGAAGCUGAAUAUGUGGAGAAGUUUGCCAAUCCUUUCCCAGCAGCUGUCAGAGGGUUUGUAGAUGACAUCAUUCAACCCUCGAUCACACGCAAGAGGAUCUGCAGAGAUCUGGAGGUGCUGGCCAGCAAAAAACAGACCAACCCAUGGAAAAAACAUGCUAACAUUCCUUUGUAAAUCUUUGCCCAACACUACUUAUUAAUAGCAUUUUACAAAGAUUAUCCAUUGAUUGUUAGACACAGACUGGAGAGAAACUCAUGUUUUUGAUACAUGGUUCUUCGUGCCUUAUCCCUGUUACCUGUUUGCAUAAUGCAGUUGAUGCAAACAGGUAAACACUCAAAAAAUAAUAAAACACUCCCACAGUUAAUGAUUA